GUUCGAAGCAACAGUCUGACAAGCAAACAUUAAAAAAACUGGAGCAGAAAAAGGGAGCCCCUUCUACUGUCGUUCAGCUUCCGAUUGAAGUCGCCACUGUCGAUGCAAUUCCCGGCAGUUGUGAAACUGCUAUUGCAAAACAUGGCCGCUGAAGCAGAUCCGCCCCUUUCUGAUGAUGCUCCACUGUUGGGGCAAUCAAUUGCUAUUGAUGAUGUUGCGCACACAAUUGCUGAUGUUGCAGUCUCUGCUGAAGAAACAAAUCAACGAGCCCUCGCUAUGUUACCGCGGGUAGAAGCUGAAGAUGUCGCUACCAUGGCAAAAACCUUAGUCGCACCCCCCUGCGGAAAGUCCACCACGCCAAAAAUGUUAAUCUCGAACCGAGAAGGAUCGACAUCGGGAUUGACAACAUUGGAGAAAAUUUGCAUACUAGUGGACAUUAUUGACAGGCCACCACUUCCCUUAAUCUCUGAAAAAAUGGCGGAAGAAGAAUCUCCGCGGCCUAUUGGCGUCGAUGAUGAAAUAGUAUUGCCGCUGCUUAAAGUCUUUGAUGCUGCUGCUGCCUCAAUUGCCGCUGCUGCCCCAAUGUCGGAGGGGGAUAAAUCAACUCCGCAGAGUAUAGAUAACUGGCGACAACCGCCGGAGUUCACAGAAGGAAAAGAAAUUCCGACUUCGGAGCAUUCAAGUUUGCAGCGGCGCACCGCGUCAGCCGAGUCUGUUGCGCAAUCAAUGGACCGUAUAUCACUCUCCCAAUCUGAUCCGAUUUUUUCUGUUUCAAAGGAAGAUGAGUUGAAGUCAAAGUCUCCACAAUUUUCUCCUUCAGAUAAUGAAGUAAUUUUCCCUAAAAAUAGCUCUAAUAACGGCUCCGUAAAAAAGUUAAAUCCUGCUGCUCCGGAAUUUUCUUGUCCUCCUAGUCAACAAAUCCCACUUCUCCAGGUCUUGCUUCCAAUUUCAGGCCCAAUCUCCGAUAGGAACAAUAAAUAA